AUGUGCAGUGCCUGUGCCAAAAUGGCCCAAAUGACUGAAGGCAGAGUCCUUAAAGAAGGCAUCUUGCUAAAGAUGUCCCAGCAGAAAAAGAAAAUAUCUCCAAGGAACUAUAAAGAGCGGCUCUUCGUUCUGACCAAACAGGCUCUCUUCUACUAUGAACUGGAAAAGGGGAAGAAAAAGAAAAAAAAAGGGUCAAUUCUGACAGAAAGUAUCUGCUGCGUGGAAAAAGUUGAUCCAGAAAUGAAUGCCCCUGUAGAAAGAAGCUUCCCCUUUCAGAUUGCAUAUGAUGAAUGCAUCCUGUACAUUUUCGCAAAGGAUGAUACAAGCCGGACAGACUGGUUAGAGGCGGUGAUGCAAGUAAUAAAAAGAAACGAAAAGCUCUCUGAAAAGUACCACAAAGGAAUCUGGGCAGAUGGAAUAUUUCUGUGCUGUGGCCAGACUGUGAAGAAUGCUCCAGGCUGCAGUGAAUGGAGAAAAGGAUCAGUGAUGUUCAAAACAACUCGAAAUAUUGCAUUACCCCCUAUCCCAUCUGUGAAGCUCCGGGACAGAAUUCAACUUCCUCCCAUCCCAGAAGAUGAAGGCAGGGCUUGCUUGGAGUUUGUGGCUCUGUAUGACUACACUGCCAAGACGCCUGAAGAGCUAAGUCUAGUGAAGGGGAACAGAUAUAUCUUGCUGGAAAGGAUGUCAAGUGACCAGUGGAGAAUCAGAGACAAAGCUGGCUCUGAGGGACUUGUCCCUUCUAAUUACAUUGAGGAAGUGGACGCUGAAAACAGUUUGAAACAUUGUGUGGAUGAGCAAAUAGAGCACUAUCCCUGGUAUGUGGGCAACAUGUCUCGGGUGAAGACUGAGCAGCUGCUACGUGAGAAGGGUAAAGAAGGAUCAUUUGUGGUCAGAAAUUCCAGUCAAAAAGGAAUAUAUACAGUUUCACUUUUUAGUCUGGCACUAGACGAGGUGAACGGGACUGUAAGGCACUAUCUCAUUAAUGUUAAUGAGGAGGGGCUCUAUUACUUGGCAGAGAACCACCUGUUCGAGUCCAUUCCCCAAAUGAUAGCAUACCAUCAACACAAUGGGGCAGGUUUGCUGACAAGAUUGCGACUUCCUGCUACAGAGAUUAAUCUCACACCUCAAGCUGCUCAGGAUAUGUGGGAGCUGUGUCGAGAAGAUGUGCAUCUGGUGAAAGAGCUUGGCAGUGGGCAGUUUGGGGUGGUCCAGCUCGGCGUGUGGAAAGGCAAAUACGAGGUGGCCAUUAAAAUGGUGAAAGAGGGCUGCAUGUCCUCAGACGAAUUUAUAGAAGAAGCCCAGAUCAUGAUGAAACUCCGGCAUCCUAAGCUUGUCAGGCUCCAUGGUGUGUGCACCAAGUGCUUUCCCAUCUACAUUGUGACCGAGUUUAUGAGUAACGGCUGCCUGCUGGAGUACCUGAGGCAUCAUGGGAAAGAGCUGAGGCCUGAGCGUCUCAUUACUUUGUGCCUGGAUGUGUGCGAGGCAAUGGCUUACCUCGAGGAUCAGCAGUUUAUUCACAGAGAUCUAGCCGCGAGAAACUGUUUGGUGGAUAAAGAUCUAACUGUCAAAGUGUCUGACUUUGGAAUGGCAAGGUAUGUGCUGGAUGAUCAGUACACCAGUUCUGCAGGUACAAAGUUUCCUGUAAAGUGGUCGGCCCCUGAGGUUUUGAACUACACAAGGUUUAGCAGCAAAUCCGAUGUGUGGGCGUUUGGUGUGCUGAUGUGGGAGGUGUACAGCCUGGGCAAGCAGCCUUACGAGCACUAUGACAAUGCAGCUGUAGCUGAGAGAGUGAUGCAGGGUCAUCGCUUAUAUAGACCCCAGCUGGCUACAGAUCGGAUUUACCAAGUGAUGAAAUCAUGCUGGCAUGAGCUUCCAGAGGAAAGACCCAACUUUCAACAACUUUUUAAAGAUAUCAGUACACUGGUAGAUAACAGUAAACAAUGAUUACACUACUUUACUGCAAACCUUGGGCAUUUUCAGGAGUGUCCACUUUAUAUAAAAAAAAAUAAUAAUAAAAUAAAAUUUCUGGAGUUAAUACUUUUUUAAAGGUCCUUCUGCUUUGCUUACAUAGAGAACACUGUUGUAAUAAUUUGUUUUGUAUAUUGUUAUCAGGCAGUAAUAAAAAGAAAGCUCUUCGUUUGAGUACCAUGCACAGGAACACUGGAAAUAUUUAAUUUAUUCAUCAUUUAUUUUUGUAUAUCCAGAUAACGAGAAGCAAAUAAACCAAAACCUGAGUUGUAAUAAACAAAAGCUCUGCAACCUUUGAACCUGCACAUAACGCAAGGAGUAACAAAAUUUUUAGAGACCUCAUAUGUUUGUUGUGUGUAGUGACGGGGACAUUUCCUUUCCUGUUUGCUCUUAACAGCUUAACCAUGCUUGUUCACCAGAAUUUUUGGUGAAUUCACAUUAAGUAGUAGCGCUUUAUGUUUAAAUUUAUAGACACAUUGUCAUCUGGCAACAGUGACACAUUAAUAAAAAAAAUUAAAAAUGGUUGUGUUAAAUAAUGGGAUUUGUGAAAUUUAAAAUAGGAACUGUUAGUGUGAAUCAGAGUAAAGUGAGAAUGAAUUCUCUGUGACCUCACAGAAACCGUUAAUACUUAUGUCCCUUUUAUUCAAUAGUUUAAACUAUUUCCCUGAGCUUAGCUUCUUCCCUUUCUGUAAAUAAAUGUAUUGUGUAUGGUUGCUUCUUCCUCAUGUGGCUUUGGCCCACUUCCUAGUUUAGCUUUUGAGGCUGGUCUCAAUGCCCUGAGAUCAUACAACAAUACGAGUGACGUUACACAAGCCCAACCCACUACCUAUGCUUUAUAAAAAUAUUCCCUCCUGCAAGAGACUUUAUGGUCUGGCAAGAUAACAACAUGGAACAGGAGAGUUUUCUCACGGGGGGUGUUGCCUUGUUACACUCUGUGGUCGAUGGCAAGCACUGUUAUGAAGUGGGCAAGGUUUUGACCACUAAACCAAGUGAUUUUGGCAGCAAAGGGGACAAACUCAUGAUGAUCAAUGAUGUCGA